AUGAUCACUCAAAAUUUGAAGAAGAGAAUGAGCAUAUUCAGUAGGAAGGACGACGACGAUGAAGAUGAGUGGUACCAAAGGUCUCUUGUUAACUUCACACUGGUUGCUGGAAACCAUCCAGCACUCUUGAAGCUUCCAAGGGCCCUCGAGAACGUCGUCAAACCAAGGCUUGAGAUAAGACAGAACAAUCUGACAGCAGCUGAAGCAAGAGUCUUGUCGCUUGGGUUGCGACUCAACUGUUCCGUUCAAGAGCUACGAAUGAAAGACAACAGGAUUGGAGCCUCGGGUGCAACGAGUCUAUCAGAGACUCUGAGAGUCAACAAGACUUUGCUCGUUCUUGAUCUUCGGGGAAACAACAUAAGAGGGCCAGGAAUAUGCAUGUUAGCGGAUUCAAUGCAAGACAAUAUGACGCUCACGGAUAUGGAUCUGCGAUGGAACUACACCGGAGAAUCGUCAGAUUAUGUAGAAGCGGCUAUCAUCGAUUUGAACAAAUUCUGCGAACGAAAUCUGAAAUCGGUCGAAGCUAUUGAAGUUGAUCUUCUCGAUGAGACAACUUCGAAACAACCAGAAACACAAAAUUCGAUCAAUGCCAGUGAGAAUGGAGAAGAGAAUGGUAAUCAUUCCAACUCGGCGAAUGGGGAAAACGGCACGGACGAUGUCAAGGAGACAGGAACAAAGAUCAUCGGCGAGAGGAGGAUGAUGCGGGAAAUAGACGCGACAUUUCGAACGGCUUCUGUAUCAUCCCUGGGGCUGCCCAAGAUGGAGGAUGGACCAGCCGCGCGGAUUGUCGUGGAAGUUUUCAGAGCCAAGAACCUCCCGCCAGUCAUGUGGAGCACGGGGAAAGAUGAUGAGAUACCUGGGAUGCCGCACGCGUAUUGCAUGUGCUCGCUGAACAAAGAGCAGCACCCUUCAGAGAUCAGCAGGAAGGACUACAACCCCUGCUGGAAUUUCAGCUGCUCCUUCAACGUCUACAACAUGUGGAACGUGCUGGUGGUGAAAGUCGCGCAUACCCCAUCAUCUGUGAAGCGACAUCGCGACGACUAUGUCAUCGGCACUGUCAACAUUCCCAUCGGCUGGGUUGUGAAUUGGCGAGGAGUUACCAGAGGGCUGGAUGGCCUCUAUCGCGCCUUCUAUCGUUCUGUCGGCGCAAGCACAGGCACAGUCUACCAGAGUUGUUCAUGUCUUGAUAGCAAUGGGGUGGAAACAUCUUUCUUUCAGACCCCAGAGGCUGCGGCUCACGCCUAUGACGAAGUUGCAUUUAAGAAAGACGGCGAGCGAGCACAGCAAAACUUUUCUAGUGACAGCAGCGUGAUUGGGCUGCAUGUAAAAGAAGAAUCAUUCCAUCUGGUUGGCGAUGAUGGAGUUGAAGUCGUUGGAGUUCAGGCGGGAGUUAUCAGCACUAUUAGAGUCAGGCUGAAAAUGUUCUUCACUGGUGUCAACUACAUGGAAAUCGUUCUUGACAGAGCUUUUAAGCUGCCUAAGAUGGACACAGGACUAGGUUCCUGCGACGCCUACUGCGUGAUCAUGUUCGGCGACUACAAGUUUCGAAGCAAGGUAGUGAAGAACUCUCUGGACCCAGUGUUCCGACAAAGCUUCCGGGUCGAGAUACCUGCCAACUUCGACAGCGGGGAAUGUCGCGUGCAGGUGUGGGACUGGGAUCGGUUUGACGAAGACGACCACAUGGGGAAUGCGAUUGUACAAAUAAGCAGAGGGAAGCUCGGAACGACUGAGCUAGACGGAGAGCAUGACAUCUACUUCCCUGACACGAUGGAGACAGUGAGAAACAGCAAAGGGGAGAACUCAAAGAUCCGUUUGAAAUUCUUGUACUAUCCAGCUGGAAGCAGCGAGGACAAAGACAGCGACUCUCUCUGUAGCAGCAGCACAGGAUCAUUGGCGAACAAGCUUGAUCCUGUGUAA